CGGAUCCUUUUUCGGAAACUAUAUUGCAUCCCAUCAUUCUGGUUCAGAGCGGCUGUGUCGUUUAACUAAUCAGACCUCGCAAAUGUUAGCCUACUUCGCUCGCCAAGCAACUAGACCGACAGGGUUACAAUCCUCCCCUGCAACAGGGCUUAGCUCUUUAAUACUUCCCUUCAUUUAAAAGAAGCCCAAAGUCGACGUCGAUUAUGGUCUGGUGUUUACCUACGUUCAUGGUGACUUUAGAAAAAAUAAUAGUAAUAAGAACGGCGUAGCAUGUCAUGAUACCGAGCUCGGGGCCUCAACUCUUUCAUCUCCAAAAUCUAACUGCCCCACUAAGCAGUUCGAACUCGAUUCGACAAUGUCGAUUAAUACGCUAUCGCCAAAAGCAUCCGCGACAAAGCUGAGGAGGACUUUACUGGUGGUCCCAGCGGUCUCCAUUCUUAUCGCCAUCGCCUUGUUAGUAGUUUGGCUGGUGUUGCCUCGUGGACAGGUUACCAUAUGGAUGGAGCGUAGUAAAUCAUGGCUGCUAUUCGAGAUCCAGGGGCCGUUUACGCCCACCGAAGAACUGUUAAUAUUAAGCUCGGCAUUCAGCGUCGUAGUCUCAAUGGUUUUGGAAGCGCUCCUCCUAUUCGCGCUGCGGAAUAAAUCUAAACAGACGAAGACAUGGCUUAGAUUUACGCUAUACGCGAUACUCUUUGCGAAUGCAGCUCUUGCUUUCACAGCUUUUCUCUACGCUUCAGUCAGCACGACCAUUAGCGGAAAAUGUGGUAACAUCACUGGCGAUGUUGUUUUAGAUGAAUAUGGCCACUAUAGAAAAACAAAUGCCCGGACGUUUGACCUCAUUGAACUUGGACAGAGUAAUUCAUACGAUAAAGCUUUUCCGUGUGGACGGAAAAUGGUAUCACGCUGGCUUAGCUUGCUAAUAUCGCUGUUUUCCAUCGUACUACUCGUUUCAGCCUGGCUAGAUUUCCGGGAACAAGAUCUAAAGGAAUCAGAGACUUCACAACAUGAUGGAAAGUUGGAUGGUGAAAAGGGGGUAAUUGAAAUAGACUUUAUUGAAAGUAUAGUAUAAUGUUUCUAGCUCGAGAAGUUACCUCAGCGUUUAUGAAUGAAUGACGA